GUCUCUUCUACGAUAAGGACAAGUACGGCAUGUGGAGGUUCGUGCCAUUGGGCUGCAUGCAGUUUAUCUAUACGGCUUCCACGUUCAUGAUGUUCCCCACAGCCUUUGCCUUCAUCAACCGUGCUGGUGAGGGCUUGGACCGAGGAGCAGU